CGCCGCCCAGCCAGAGCCCGAGACCCGAGCGUCCUCACCGGUGCAGGAAGGCGGAGGAGAAGCCUGAGCUUCUGUUUGGCUUUGGCUGGAAAAGAAUUUAGCCUAUGUGUACUGCUUUAACCACUGGAAGAAUGACAGAUGACAAAGAUGUGCUUCGAGAUGUGUGGUUUGGACGAAUUCCAACUUGCUUCACCCUCUAUCAGGAUGAGAUAACUGAACGGGAGGCAGAACCAUAUUAUUUGCUUUUGCCAAGAGUUAAGUUAUUUGACGUUGGUAACUGACAAAGUGAAAAAGCACUUUGAGAAGGUUAUGAGACAAGAAGACGUUAGUGAGAUAUGGUUUGAAUACGAAGGCACACCACUGAAAUGGCAUUAUCCGAUUGGUUUGCUCUUUGAUCUUCUUGCAUCAGGUUCAGCUCUUCCUUGGAACAUCACAGUACAUUUUAAGAGUUUUCCAGAAAAGGACCUUCUGCAUUGUCCAUCUAAGGAUGUAAUUGAAGCUCAUUUUAUGUCUUGUGUGAAAGAAGCAGAUGCUUUAAAGCACAAAAGUCAAGUAAUCAAUGAAAUGCAGAAAAAAGAUCACAAGCAACUCUGGAUGGGUUUACAAAAUGACAGAUUUGACCAGUUUUGGGCCAUCAAUCGGAAACUCAUGGAAUAUCCUGCAGAGGAAAAUGGAUUUCGUUACAUCCCUUUUAGAAUAUACCAAACAACUGAACGGCCUUUCAUUCGGAAGCUUUUUUGUCCUGUGGCUACAGAUGGCCAAUUGCAUACACUAGGAGAUCUCCUCAAAGAAGUCUGUCCUUCUGCAGUUGCUCCUGAAGAUGGGGAAAAAAAGAAUCAAGUGAUGAUUCAUGGAAUUGAACCAAUGUUGGAAACACCUUUGCAGUGGCUGAGUGAACAUCUGAGCUACCCGGAUAAUUUUCUUCAUAUUAGUAUCAUCCCGCAACCAACAGAUUGAAGGAUCAACCAUUUGCUUGAACGGUAUCACCCUUAAACAGGAUUUACCAGAGCAUGUCACCUUUCUGCUUCAGUCAGGUUUGGUGGAGGCAACCUGACCAGAAACACUGCUACAAGCCAAACAGGAAAAAGAUUCCAUGUCAGAUAAGGGCACUUGGGCUGGUCUUACUUUGCAUCACCACUGCUUUCCUCCGCUGCCGUCGUUAAACCUCAGCUGCGACAUGAAAGACUUUACAGGACCACUGCAAGUCUUCUGUUUUCUUGUAAAAUAUAAUGAAGCUGAAGCCUUUGGCCUAAGAAGAAAAUGGAAAUAUGUGCCACUCAAUUUGUAUUUCUGAUUAACAAAUAAACAGGGGUAUUUCCUAAGG